GCGCCUCGCCGCUGCAGCGCCACUUCCUCGUUCCCCUCACGCGGGCGGCUGGCUGCGCGGGGUGUGAUGCCGUCUCGUGCAGCGGGGAGGUGCUAGACGCGCCCGGCGCUCGCGAGGCGCCUCUCCCCUCAUUCCAGCAUCGGCGAGCGGGGCGGCAGGCAGGAGGGGACUGAGCCGCGGCGAUCCAGUGAGAGAGAGAGAGAGAGCGAGAGAGAGCGCGUGUGUGUGUGCGCGCGUGGAUUGCACCAUCACAUGCCUUCGCCCAGUGCACCAGCCAUGCUUUGAAAGGCUCCAGCUAUCUCUGCAUUACAUGGUUAUCUACCCAGAAAUCGGCUUCUGCGUCUGAACCGCUUGUUAAACGAAGACGUUCGCUUUGGCGUUUAUUCACGAGAACAGUGGCUAUCGAUUAUGGCAUUGGUUAUGGAACCUAUAAGCAAAUGGACACCCAAGCAGGUAUUGGACUGGAUGAAAGGGCUGGACGACUGCCUCCAGCAGUACAUCAAGAACUUCGAGAGGGAGAAGAUCAACGGCGAACAGCUGCUUCACAUCACGCACCAGGAGCUGGAGGAGCUGGGCGUCACGCGCAUCGGGCACCAGGAGCUCAUCCUGGAAGCAGUGGACCUCCUCUGUGCCCUGAACUAUGGCCUGGAGACGGAGAACCUGCGCACCCUGUCCCACAAGCUCAACGCCUCGGCCAAGAACCUGCAGAACUUCAUCACCGGCCGGCGCCGCGGCGGCCACUACGACGGGCGCACCUCCCGCCGGCUGCCCAACGACUUCCUCACCUCCGUGGUCGACCUCAUCGGGGCAGCGAAGAACCUGCUGGCGUGGCUGGACAGGUCUCCAUUUGUCAGCGUGACAGAGUACUCGCUACUCAAAAACAAUAUCGUUCAACUGUGCCUGGAAUUAACAACAAUGGUGCAACAGGAUUGUACCGUCUACGAAACGGAAAACAAGAUUCUUCAUGUGUGCAAGACCCUGUCUGGAAUCUGUGACCACAUCAUCUCUCUCUCCUCCGAUUCGCUCGUCUCGCAGUCUGCCCAUCUGGAGGUGGUGCAUCUGACCAAUGUCAUGCCCAGCGAAGGGCUGGGGAUGUACAUCAAGUCGACCUAUGAUGGUCUCCACGUCAUCACGGGGACGACGGAGAAUUCCCCUGCUGACCAGUGCAAGAAGAUUCAUGCUGGGGACGAGGUUAUCCAGGUCAAUCAUCAGACAGUGGUGGGCUGGCAGCUGAAGAACCUGGUGAACGCCCUGAGAGAGGACCCUGGCGGAGUCAUCCUCACGCUGAAGAAGAGACCGCAGAAUACCUUGACCUCCGCCCCCGCCCUGCUCAAGAAUGUGCGGUGGAAACCCCUCGCCCUGCAGCCCAUUCCAACCAGCCCCACCAGCAACUCCACCACACCAACCAGUACCAUGGGCCUGUCUUCCAAGAUGGACAGUUCCAACAUGCACGAUGUCUUCAUCCUGUCGCCCGUCUCUGGACUCUAUGGACCCAGGGACGAGAUGGGCAUCAUGUCCUGCGAUGACAUCAGCAAGUACAACAUGGGGAAGUCGGGCAUGAAAGGCUCCGAGUCCCCCAGCUACUUCCUGGACCACGAGAGUGGGAAGUACUACACGCUGAUGGAAGGGGAGGGGGUGCCCCUGGGCCCCGAGUACGAGAGGGGCCGCUCGACCGGGGUGCGCCGGAGAGAGAAGACGCCCACGCACGGUGACCUAAGGCCGGUUUCCAUGCCAACGGAGUACAGCUGGAUGGGUGAGACCAAGGAGCCCAACAUGUACAAGAGGGGGAGCAGAGACUCGGAAAACUCCCUCCUCCGCUACCUGAGCGACGACAAGAUCCUGGUGAUCCAGGAGGAGCCGGAGACGCAGCGGGAGUGCAAGAGGGACACGGGGCGGCGGUCCCGGAAGAAGGGCAAGAAUCCCAGCAGCCCCAGCUAUCCCAUCAGCCCCAACUCCCUGCUGGCCCCCACUGUCAGGAUGGACUCGGGUCCCCCUGAGAGCCUGCCCUUCCCGCUGCCCGAGAGCAACACCGUGCCGCUGUACCACAGAGCCGGGGACACGCUGCGCGCAGGGGAAUCGGACAGGUAUGCUAGUUCUGGCGUAGAGCGACAAGGAGGUACAUCCAUGAGGAAGUCAUUUCACUACGCCUCCUUAAGGACUAAAACCAAAAAGAGGACAAAAGGCUCUCUAACCAGCGGGAGCCGCCGGAGGAUCUCCUGCAAGGACCUGGGGCAUGGAGACUGCGAGGGCUGGCUCUGGAAGAAGAAGGAUGCCAAGGGCUACUUCACGCAGAAGUGGAAGAAGUACUGGUUCAUCCUGAAGGACUCCUCUCUCUACUGGUACACCAACCAGAACGACGAGAAGGCUGAAGGGUUCAUCAGCCUGCCGGAGUUCAGGAUAGACAGAGCAAUAGAAUGCAGACGGAAAUUUGCCUUUAAAGCCUGUCAUCCCAAAAUCAAGAGUUUCUUUUUCGCCACCGACUGCCUGGAGGAGAUGAACAGGUGGAUGAACCGGCUGGGCCUGGCGGCGAUCGGCUACACCCCCGACGACAAAGUCCCGCGGCCCGAUGAAGAUUACUGGAGUGAGAGCGACCAGGACGACAUCGAUGGGUCCCUCACCCUCAAACAGGAGGGGCCCUCCUCCCUGUGCGACACCUAUCACCGCACGUCCUCUGUGAACUCGUCCAGCCCGUUCCCCGAGCCCAAGCACGGCCGCCACUUCUCCAGCGAAUCCACGUACUCGCACUCCUCGACGGAGGAGGGCAGCCGGUCCUCGCACCGCGAGCGGCGCUCCUGGCAGGACCUGAUCGAGACGCCGCUCACCAGCUCCGGCCUGCACUUCCUGCAGACGGUCCCGGCGGAGGCGGAGGGCGGCUACGGCGCGGGCCGGCCGGCCGUGUCCCCCGAUCAGUCAGAUGGUCAGUUGGCCAGGCAGUCAGUCAGAUGGUCAAUUGGCCAGGCAGUCAGCCGGUCAGUCGGCCAGGCAGUCAGUCAGAUGACGCCAGUGCCGUCAGAGCUGAAUCCCCCGCCCGCGUGUCCGACUCCUCUCGUUCUGCCCCUGCCAGAGAGCCGGCGCGAGGGGGAGACCGGCGACGAGCUGCAGGAGCUCUACCGCACGCUGGAGCAGGCCAGCCUGUCCGCCUUCGGCGAGCAGCGCCCCUCCACCAGGCAGGAGUUCCGCCGCUCCUUCGUCAAGCGCUGCAACGACCCCGUCAUUAACGACAAGCUGCACCGCGUCCGCGCCCUGCGGAGCACGCUGAAGGCGAAGGAGGGCGACCUGGCCAUCGUCAGCCAAGUCCUGGACGACCCCCACCUGACCUCCAAGAAGUUCCGGGAGUGGAAGCAACGGCACCACGAACUGUUCAUGGACAUCUGCGAGUUCAGCUCGGCGCCGCCCCGGGACGGCCACGAGGGGGCGCCGGAGCUGUCGCCGCUGAGCCUCCUGGUGACGCACACGCACUCCUUCAUCGAGACGCACGUCUGAGGCACCUCCGGGAGGGGAGAGGGGGUCACCAGGCCUGCUGCCAGCUCCCAGACAACGCCACCAAACCCCCUAACAUACCCCCCACCCCCACCUAGCUCCUGCUCCUCAACACCCCCAGAACACCCCCCCCCCCGAGAGAAACUGAAAAGACCAACGAACACCCCCCAACCCCCAACACCCCCACACCAGGCUGACCGACCAAGCAACCACUGUACUAUUUGUAAAUAAUGUAUUCAGAACAAACAGGAAAAAAAAAAGUUAUUCUGUAAAUAGGUUGGAGAUAAAUCGCGCCACAGGAUGCCUACUGCAUGCUUGAAGAGAAAGUAUUAUCCUCCCUUUUGUCUUCUGAAGAAAGGAACAAAAAAGUACUUUUUAUUUCGGUUCUGCUGUUGUGUAGCACUAUGUGCAUUUUUUUUUCAAUUUUCUUCAGUUUCUGUUAUUUAUUUUUUUUUAAUCAGUAUUUUUUUAGCUGUAGAAGAGAGGGAGCAAUGUAGCAGCAAUACAGAAGGGAGUCUCUCCUGCCACGUCACUGUACCACUGUACUAAAGCUUGCAGUUCAACAGCUCUCACCAACUAAGACAGAUUUUUAUAUAUAUAUUUAUACAAUUCCGACUGCUAGGAUUCAUUGUUUUUAAAUACUGUAGACAGAAAUGAGAGAUGGCCCAGUGUGAAAAGCAAGGGGGUGCAGGUUUCAAGGGAGCAGCAGGGCUCCGAGGAUCCCUAGAGUUACCACCUUAUCUGCUGGACAGCUUUCUGAAGUAAAAUAAAACAUUUCAAAGUAAUGCAUGAAACGAGCACCACAGGGGGACAAAAUAUAACUACACAAGAGAGGGGGGGGGGAGUGUUAUUUUUAUUUGCCUUUAAGCAUCUCUUUAAAACUGUGAACUACCCUUGUGAAUGCAAUCUUCAGAUUCUGGUGGAAUCCUUAAAAAAAAAAAAACUUUUUACAAAAUCUGGAGGAAAAAAACAUAACAACAAAAAAAAA